AUGGAGGCUCGCUGUGAUCCGACGAACCGUUGCUAUACGCUGUACCGAGCUGACGGAACAGUACAAAGAAAGGGCUGCACCCGUAACUGCCAAGGGGAAACGGCCGGAAUUUACAACGGACGAUGCGACGAGUGCUUCCACAGCCUUUGCAAUCGUGACGCCGGCCGCAGCAAUAUUGGCGGUGGUGCCGUCGCAAAUUCGCAGCCCUAUCAAAACAACGGAAACUCGGGCAUCGGCGGCGGCGCCUACCCUAAACACCAUCACCCGUGGGGCGCCGGCAGCAUCCCAACGAUUUUCGGCUCGCUUUUGGUGCUAAUCGCGCGGCUCUUG